CUUUGAAUGUCGACUUCCUUCGUAUUAAACAGAAGAAGAAAGCCGGAUGCUACUGGUGCGCAUGGCGCUUUUUGAAUAAUAAUUUCUCCUCUGAUUAUAAAUACAACGUUCGUUUUGAAAUUAAUAAUUACGUGCUUCAUAAAGACAGGGUACAGUUCUCUACGACAUGGAGGCUGAUUUGUAUGACGAGUUUGGAAACUACAUAGGUCCAGAGCUGGACUCAGAUGAUGAUGAAGAUGAUCUGGAUGCAGAGGACAGAGAUGUGGACGAGGGCGAUGAAGAUGACGAUGAUGAGCCCGGGGAUGCUGAUGAUGAUGUCCCUGGCAUGGAGGUGGUCCUGCAUGAGGACAAGAAGUACUAUCCAACAGCAGAAGAGGUUUAUGGGCCUGAAGUGGAAACUAUUGUACAGGAGGAAGAUACUCAACCACUUACAGAGCCGAUCAUCAAGCCUGUGAAGAACAAGCAGUUCACCCUGAUGGAACAGGAGUUACCCGCCACUGUUUAUGAUAUGGAAUUUCUUGCAGAUCUGAUGGACGGGCCAGAGCUGAUACGUAACGUCACCCUCUGCGGUCACCUUCACCACGGCAAGACCUGUUUUGUGGAUUGCCUGAUUGAACAGACACACCCAGAAAUCAGGAAGAGAGAUGAUGUGGAUCUCCGGUACACAGACAUCCUCUUUACAGAACAAGAGAGAGGAGUUGGCAUCAAAAGUACCCCCGUCACAAUGGUCCUGCCCGACUCCAGAGGAAAAUCCUACCUUUUCAACAUAAUGGACACACCAGGCCACGUGAAUUUCUCUGACGAGGUCACGUCAAGCAUCCGCCUCUCAGAUGGUGUUGUCCUCUUCAUAGAUGCAGCAGAAGGAGUGAUGCUGAACACAGAGCGUCUGAUCAAGCAUGCAGUUCAGGAGCGAAUGGCGAUCACCAUCUGCAUCAACAAAGUUGAUCGUCUCAUUUUGGAGCUCAAACUGCCGCCCACAGAUGCUUACUAUAAACUUCGCCACAUUGUAGACGAGGUCAAUGGUUUGCUCAGCACAUAUUCCACAGAUGAGAACUUGGUGGUGUCGCCUCUCCUUGGAAAUGUCUGCUUCGCCAGUUCUCAGUACAGCAUCUGUUUUACCUUGGGAUCCUUUGCGAAGAUCUACUCAGACACCUACGGUGACAUUAACUAUAAUGAGUUUGCCAAGAGGCUGUGGGGGGACAUUUAUUUCAACCCCAAAACUCGCAAAUUCACAAAAAAAGCUCCCAGUAGUAACUCCCAGCGCAGCUUUGUGGAAUUUGUCCUGGAGCCUCUCUACAAGAUCCUCUCACAGGUGGUUGGGGAUGUGGACACGUCUCUCCCUCGAGUUUUGGAUGAGCUGGGUAUCCACCUGACUAAGGAGGAACUGAAGCUGAACAUUAGACCCCUGCUGAGGCUGGUGUGUAAUCGCUUCUUUGGAGAGUUCACUGGCUUUGUCGACAUGUGCGUGCAACACAUUCCUUCACCACAAGAGGGUGCUAGGAACAAGAUAGACCACACGUACACUGGAGGUCUCGACUCAGACUUGGGGGAAAUCAUGGCAGAAUGUGAUCCUGAUGGUCCGUUGAUGUGCCACACCACUAAGAUGUACAGCACAGAGGAUGGUGUUCAGUUCCACGCUUUCGGCCGGGUGCUCAGUGGGACCAUUCAGGCAGGUCAGCCUGUCAAGGUCUUGGGGGAGAACUACACACUUGAAGAUGAGGAGGACUCUCAGGUCUGCACUGUGGGGCGUCUCUGGAUUUCUGUGGCCAGAUAUCAGAUCGAAGUGAAUCGAGUGCCUGCCGGCAACUGGGUUCUCAUUGAGGGCUGUGACCAGCCAAUUGUCAAAACUGCCACAAUCACAGAGCCCAGAGGGAACGAAGAGGCUCAGAUUUUCAGGCCGUUGAAGUUCAACACAGCAUCAGUCAUCAAGAUUGCAGUUGAGCCUGUGAAUCCAUCAGAGCUGCCAAAAAUGCUGGACGGACUGAGGAAGGUCAAUAAGAGCUACCCCUCUCUCACCACAAAGGUGGAGGAGUCUGGAGAGCAUGUUAUCUUGGGGACAGGAGAGCUUUACUUGGACUGUGUCAUGCACGACUUGAGGAAGAUGUACUCUGAAAUCGACAUUAAAGUUGCUGACCCAGUGGUGACUUUCUGUGAAACAGUUGUGGAGACGUCAUCCCUGAAGUGCUUUGCUGAGACGCCCAAUAAAAAGAAUAAGAUCACCAUGAUUGCUGAGCCCUUGGAGAAGGGGCUGGCUGAGGACAUCGAGAACGAAGUAGUGCAGAUCUCUUGGAACAGGAAGAAGCUGGGAGAGUUUUUCCAGACCAAGUACGACUGGGAUCUGCUGGCUGCCAGAUCUAUUUGGGCCUUUGGACCAGACACUACAGGACCAAACAUUCUUGUAGAUGACACGCUGCCUUCUGAGGUGGACAAAGCACUGCUUGGUUCAGUCAAAGACAGUAUUGUGCAGGGCUUCCAGUGGGGCACCAGGGAAGGACCUCUGUGUGAUGAACCCAUCAGAAAUGUCAAGUUUAAGAUCCUGGACGCAGUCAUCGCACAGGAGCCUCUCCACAGAGGAGGAGGCCAGGUCAUCCCUACAGCAAGGAGAGUGGUGUACUCUGCUUUUCUCAUGGCCACGCCGAGGUUGAUGGAGCCAUAUUAUUUUGUAGAGGUGCAGGCUCCAGCUGAUUGUGUUUCUGCGGUCUACACAGUGCUGGCUCGCAGGAGGGGACACGUCACCCAAGAUGCCCCAAUUCCAGGCUCUCCUCUCUACACUAUUAAGGCUUUCAUCCCAGCCAUCGACUCCUUUGGCUUUGAGACAGACCUUCGCACACACACACAGGGUCAGGCCUUUGCUCUGUCUGUGUUUCACCACUGGCAGAUCGUGCCUGGUGACCCACUGGACAAGAGCAUUGUGAUCAGGCCUCUCGAGCCUCAGCCUGCCCCCCAUCUAGCCAGAGAGUUCAUGAUCAAGACUCGAAGACGCAAAGGUCUGAGCGAAGAUGUGAGCAUCAGCAAGUUCUUCGAUGAUCCUAUGUUGUUGGAGUUGGCAAAACAAGACGUGGUGCUCAACUAUCCCAUGUGAGAUUGCAACAGUCACUGCAAACUGCAGCCAACACCGAGACCUCCGCUGCUCAAUCAGCAGCAAAUCCUGUUUUCUUUUUUCAGAAGAUAUGGGGUAUAAUCUUUCUACAUCUUACCCAUUACAGAGCAGCUGUAGUUGUCAAACAUUGCAGAAGUUUGUUGCUUCACGUGUCUCUUGUAUUCUUAUUUUUGAUAUGUAUAAACUGUCAUUGUUUUUGUAGGAAAAAAAAAAGACUUUGGAUGUUUGAUCUGACAUAUGUCUGAAUAAAAGAUGUUUGUAAUUCA